AUGAUUCAGGGUAUCUUUUAUGCAAGGUUCUUCCCCAAGGAGGGACCUACCAUUGUCUCGCAGUCCCCCGCGGGCCUCAUGGGCAACCCCAAGACGUCGACCCUCGACUUCGACGUCCUGCGCGCCUACAUCAUCCCCGCAAGCCCUUUGGUCGUCAGGCGUCUCGCCGUUACUUUUGCCGAGAUGGAGGUCCAGGACGGCUACCUGAGCGGUCAGGAGGUCGAGAUCGAUGGCGGCUGGGGUGUCGUCGAGACAAAGGGCCGGCGGACCGUAUCGGGGCUGCUGGAGAUUGUGAGAGAGGAUUUGAACAACUAUGGCGAGUGCAUGAUUCCCGUGGCAGCCUUCCGAAGUCAAAGGCUGGCACGUCCCCGUCGCCAAGAUGAAGCUCUCCGACAUCGUCGACGCCACAUGGGACCUGACGAUGCAAAAAUCAUUGCCCAAAUCGACGGCGCCUCCGACGUCCGCCGCAUCGCCUUCCUCGCCGACGUGUCCAUCGACCUGGCCAAGACGGCCCUCCGCCACCUCCUCUACUACGACACCAUUCUCCUGCUCGACAUGUUCUUCUUCUCCUCGUGCUAUGCCCCGCGGCCUGGCAUCGCCGACUUCGUCGCCAACGUCGACGGCAUGGUCGACGAGUGCGCCGCCUACGCCUGCAUCCACUCCCGUCAGCGCCUCAGCACGUUCCACCUCGUCCGCCUCAUGACCUCCUUCUGCGUCGGCAAGUCCGUCAUCGAGUGGCUCAAGGCCCACCACGAUGCCGGCCUCGACGUCCUGCGCUACGUCGACGUUCGCCGCUUCGUCCAGUUCGGCGUCAUCAAGGGCUGCCUCUACAGGGUCCACAAGUACGUCGUCUCCAAGCAGUACGUCGCCGCCCUCGCCUCGGGGCAGUCCGCUUCCCGGCCCGGCGGUGACCCGCUGCAAAAGUACACGGAUGGAAACCACUGCUUCGACCAAAUCAUUACCGAGCUCAAUUUGACGGAUGAGGAGAUUACCGAGAAGCUCAAAUCCUUGCCUUUACCGGCUGGCGAUCUGACGGUGUUUUACAGGUAG